ACACUUCACCUCAAAUUAGUUUAUGGCAACCUUGGUGAAGUUGUGUCUAUUGUCGUUCUUUCUUUUCCCUCUCAAAGGCGCAAGAGGAGAAAUCACUUGCGCUACCAUGUCAUGCGGUGAAAUCGAUAUUCGGUUUCCUUUUAGUUUGAAAGGAGCCAAUCAAAGUGGUCGGUGUAGCUACCCCAGAUUCCAAGUUUCGUGCGACAACCUUAGCCGAACCAUUCUUAACCUCCAUGGUUCGGGGGAUUUGGUCGUUAAAAGCAUCAAUUACGAGGACCAAACGGUUAAGGUUAACGACCCCAAUGGGUGCCUCCCAGAACGCUUUUUGCACAACUUGAGCCUUACUCUCUCCCCAUUAUUCACGUUUGACGCCACCGUUUACGACCUCACUUUCCUUCGUUGUCCCUCCAACAUAACCGAGUCAUAUCCAUUCCCAACAAUUUCUUGCCUCCGAGAUGGUAACACUAGAACCUCGAACUCCUCAUCGGUCAUAUUUUCGUGGUGGCCACUUAGUGACUCAUCACCUUGGCACGAGUGCGAUGUAAUAUCCUCAACUUUUGUUCCCAUUCCAAACGCAAACGCAAACGCGGCCACGCCACUCUUCUUGCCUGAUCUUAACAACGAUAUUGAGUUGAAGUGGAAGGAGCCCGCGUGUGGGAAUUGUGCUUCUCGUGGCCAAGCUUGUGGGUUCACCCGUGAUACAAGUCUUCAAGUUCGAUGCUUCGCUGCUCCCAACGAAAGCCAAGGUCUUUCAAGAAGUGCGAAAUAUGGGUUGACUAUAGGAGUGGGAAUACCUGGACUCUUGUGUUUGACUGGGCUUUGCUGCUUUGUGUGUAGCAAGUUCAACAUGUACACACAUCGUCACCAGGCCAGGCCCAGCGCUGAGCUUCCGAGUUCGAUUAUGACCCUACAACCAUCCUCAUUCGUAAUGGGCCUUAAUGGGCCGGAAAUUGAAAAAUUCCCCAAGACUCUUAUUGGUGACAGUGGGCGCUUACCGAAUCCGAAUGAUAGCACGUGCCCAAUAUGCUUGGGUGAAUACGAGCCCAAGGAGAUUUUGAGGACCAUACCUGAAUGCAACCACUAUUUUCAUGCACAAUGCAUAGAUGAGUGGCUCAAGAUGAACGCUUCGUGCCCUUUAUGCAGGAAUUCACCCGAUGCUUCCUCUACUGUUACCCCUUCUUCUUCUACUUUAUCUAUCUUUUCGUCUUCUCCGUAGAUCAUUUAAAUAACCCACGUAUAAUAGCUGCGUAGAAAAGACUGCUAGUAUCUUUACUGUAAAAUACUAAAUUUUCAUUUUUAUAAUAUAAUAAGGAUGUUAUUC